AUGCAGGUGGUUCUCUCGGACAGCGAGCAAGAGGCACGGGAGGACGGAACGGAAGAAAAGGUGGAGAAGAGGCACCCGAAGCCAAACCACGACAAGGGGAAAGAGAGGACGAAGACGACGGUAAAUGGCAAGCGUAAGCGUAUGCCGUUGGAGGAAGAGGAAGCCGAUUGCUCUGAGUACGAACCGAGCGCCGAUGAGAAGAUCAACGACGAAGACGACGAGGACUACAUGGUGAAGGCGCCACGUCAGAAGGGAAGCACUAUCAACAAGAGGAGAAAGAAAAGUACCAAUGGAGAAAGCGACUUAGCGGAACACAGGAAGAGAUGGAACACUGACCACGACGAAGACGAAGAGGAGGAGGAGCGGCCCACCAAGAAGAGGAACUGGACUGAGUCAGAAGAUGAGUUGCUUAUCGAGGCCGUCGAUGACCACUCCGCAAGGGGCUCAGUUGCGUGGGUCCGCGUGGCCAGUCAGAUCCGGCGUCAACGCACCCCUCGUGGGUGUAAAAGGAGAUGGGAACAGGUCAAGGCGAUAGCCAGCGUCUACGACACGCCACAGAAGAGGAAGGAGAGAGAGAAGAUGGUGGCAGAGAGCCGAGUCCGCGCCUGGACACCGACCGAAGAGGACAAGCUGUGGCGCGUUUCGCAGAAGAGGGACCUCAAGUACGACAGCCGGCUGUGGGUAGAGCUCGAGGCUAAGUUCCAGCGUUCGAAUCGUGCGCUGCAGCUCAAGUUCGCCGACCUGAAGAAAAGACACUCUGUGCCUCGCCCAAAACCUAAAGUCGAAGCCGACGAACAAGAGAUCUAG